UUUUUUGUUUUUUUUUUAAUAUACACAGUUUUGUUGUUGAUCGAAAUCCUUUGGUGGUUUAUUGAUUUCCCCUUCCGUACGACAAUGAAAUGAUAAGCAGAUAGAUAAGUGAGAGUUGAACUAAGUAUACUUGGAAAACAAUUCACGUUAGUUCAGCCGUUCUCGCAAAAACUCAGAAUACAGGCGCAUACCUGUUGCUCCAUAUAAAACGAUCGAAAAGAACACAUACCAUCCGUCGAUAAUGCAACAACUGCAGCCUUAUCAAUUAUCACUCACCGCACACCGAUGUCGCUUGCAGUCACUUGUCUUCUUGCCGGCAUAAUAACUCGUUGCGCGAUUCUCAUUAAUAUACCCCCCCAGUCCAUCUUUAUUCAUAUACAAGCCUCAAAUCAGCCAGUUUCCACACGGCACCCAACCGACUACCGACAUCGUGAUUCAGCACAAGAAGCCUUAACUUUCCGUUUGAUUAGUCGUCGCCGAUAUCACACGCAGUCGCAAUCUAGCCGCCGAGCAGUUGCAUCUUCUUCCUCCCGGCAUCUUUGAUACGCAAAUUCAGAAAAAAUGACCAAGGCCGUGUGCGUUCUUCAGGGCGACUGCAAGGGAACCCUGUUCUUCGAGCAAGACGGCGAUGCGGUCAAGGUCACCGGCCAAGUGUCCGGCUUGAAACAGGGACUGCACGGAUUCCACAUUCACGAGUUUGGCGACAACACCAAUGGUUGCACCAGUGCCGGACCUCACUUCAAUCCCCUGGCUAAGGAGCACGGAGGCCCAACUGACUCUGUUCGUCACGUAGGCGACCUGGGUAAUGUUGAGGCUGACUCAGAUGGUGUUGCCAAAGUCAGCAUCACCGACAAACAGAUUCAGCUGCAGGGAGCGCACAACAUCAUUGGCAGAACUCUUGUGGUUCACGCUGACCCUGAUGACUUGGGAAAAGGUGGCCAUGAACUCUCCAAGACCACUGGCAAUGCAGGAGGCCGUUUGGCAUGCGGUGUAAUUGGCAUCACAAAGGCAUGAACUACUUACAGUAAAACGUGAAAAAUUACAAAGCUUUAGAUCUUCAUAUCUAACUACUUGAAGUAGUUGUUGUAUAAAUUAAUCAUUCCUCUUGUAACACAAUUUUUAUUAAGGAAAAAGUUGUACUAUUACUAUUACUUUAUAUUCUAAAGAUAUACAAAAUGUGUACCUAUACAUUUGGGUUCGUUAAUUCAUUUUGAUUAAAGAAUUGAGAAAAAACUCAA